AGCAUUUAAUAAAGCAAGUAUGUUUAUAUAAACUCUGUAUAGUCCAAAUUAUAAUUAGAUUAUGUACCACGAAGCAUAUUAUUUAGUAACUGUAAAUCACCCAAUGGAAGCAGUAAAACACAGAUGUGUAAUUACACAUGUGAGGAAUGUCUGGACACAACUAACAGGUCAAGUGAGUUUAAAUGGUCAGUUUGUGCUGAUGGUAUUUAAAGGAAAAAAUUAAACCUGUUAAUUUAUAUAUAUAAUGUAUAAAGUGAAGUGCCAGUUUUGAUUUUAGUCCUAAUAACAGCAUGCGCUCAGGGUGGCAUUCAUUCUAUAAGCUUGCAUUUUUGUCUUCAGAACACAGGAUUUAAUGAAAGGGAUAAGACUUUUCAUGCAAUGUAAUUUGCCCUUUUGCACUUCGAGUUAACUGCUGAUUGCAUUGCAUUGGCUUUGUACUUGUACUUAGUUUAAUCUAGUUUUCUGUAAAAUACAGUACACCGGUUUAAUAUCACAAAUUUGCUUAAAUUUAAUUAAUGAUGUGGAAAUUUUGCAACAUUUUGAAUGUUAAAUAGUCAAGAUGUUAUUAUUAUUUUAAAAAGAAUAUUUCAAAACGGCUAAGCUUUUGGUUUCUUUACACCUUUAAACGUAAAAAGUCCAAAAUUUCAAUGUGGUCAGAGUGUUGGGCACCACUCUAUAUAAUUUCUUAGCUAAUUUAUGACAUUUUGACAUAGUUCCUUGUUUCUGCCCACAGACAAAUAUCAAGAACUUCCUUUUUUAGACAUGUGACAUCUGGAAAACACUAUCACAAACUUUAUUUACAGUGGCAGCCCUACGCUUUCUCCUACUUAUUCACAUUCUGUUAUUGUUUUUAAUGAGUUAUAUUAGGUAACAUGUUUAAGCUCUAAUACUGUAGAAGUGUUAAUGACAUAAAGAUGGUGGCAUUGCUAAAUGUGUAAUUAUCAAUCAGUUAUACUACUAAGUUCCUGUUUUUUCUGUUUUUUUUGUAAUAUAUAUUUUGACCAUUUUUUUUCUACAAAAAAAACAAAACAUUGCAAUAGUGGACAUUUCCUAUUUCUGUGGAUAUCUGUAGUGAGGAAUUAUUAGAGACAGAAGCCUCUGAAGAGAAAAAGAAACAACUUGGCUAUUAUCUACGGUUGGUUUGAUUUCUAACAAAGGAUUCAAGGAUGCCACCCACCAUCUGGACCAUUGCAGUAUCAUCAUUACUUUUAAUGGUCAGAUCUGCAGUUUUGAUGAAUAUAGACAAAAACAUCCAGCUCUGUUCCUUUAGUAGGGACCAUUCAAAGGACUUUACCAACAGCAACCUGAGCAGGAUCCCUUCAGACUUACCAGAUAACACUGAAUACUUAGAUGUCUCUGAAAACAAUAUUUCUAGUAUUGUCCACGAUGAUCUGUACCGACUCACUCACCUGUGUUUUCUCAAGAUCACCCACUGCGGACUUCGAUUCAUCACACACGAUGCACUUUACAAUAACACAGAACUCAAAGUUCUCAACAUCUCUUACAACCAAUUGAGUGUUAUUCCGUACUUGCCUCUGCCACAACUUAGGAUCUUGGACCUUUUAGAAAAUAAUUUCGAAAGCUAUAGUCUUCCAGGGUUUUUUAGUAACUUGACAUAUCUUACUACAUUUGCAAUAGGAAGUCCAAAAGUAACAUCACUUGUAAUCGAUGAUUUGGCAUCAAUUCGAAAUAUACAUAUAAACCAAUUCACAUUUGGAGGCGGCACUGAGAUGCAAAAGUACGAAAACGGUUCUUUUGCCCAACUUAGUUCACUGGAGGAAGUGUCUCUGAGAGUGACCUUUUGUCACAACUUCGAUAUUUUCAAAACCAUGUUAAUGGACCUUGACCAAACACAUACAAGGAGGAUCAGGUUCAUCAAGCUCUUUCCAGAUCAGUGUACGGUUACAAGCGAUCCUUUUGAGAUCCUUGAGAAACUUCAUGUACUUUCCAACUUAACCAUUGUGGACACGUUGAUUAACAGCACUGUCAUGGUGAAGCUCAUCCAAAAUAUCUGGAAAUCAUCUUUUGAGGAACUUGAAUUUUUAAACAUAACUUAUAAUGAGGAUACUCCAUAUGGGUUUCAAUUCCCCAGUCAGAACCAUACGCUCAGUUUACGAGCAAUUGUUUUCAAUGGUGUGAACCACUAUCAAUAUCGGUAUCCUACAAUCAACAUGAGCAUGGACUUGAUUUCUCAGCUGACUUACAUGAAGUUUUCUGGUACUGGAAUGAAUAUUCUCCCAUGCAAUCUCAUUUCAGUUAUCCCAUCACUGCAAAUUUUGGACCUGUCGAACAACCUUUUGGAUGACACUGGAUUCUGGUGGUAUUUGUGCUCGUAUGAGCGCGUCUUUCCCUCUUUGAGACAGCUUUCAUUGAGCAACAAUCGCUUUUCUGAUCUGGCGUAUAUUUCUAAGAGGACGAAUGAAAUGAAGGUUCUAAUGUCCCUGGACUUAAGUUUCAACUCCAUUCGGAUUGGGGAUCCAUGCUCCUGGCCUUCACACCUAACUGAACUGAAUCUGAGCCAUAACAACUUGGGUGACAAUGUAUUUUACUACCUGUCCCCUCAUUUCCAAAAGAUCGACCUAUCCAAAACUGGCAUAAGCGUCAUCCCCCGGGAUGUCCAUUCACAGUUCCCCAGACUCACACAUCUCAUCCUGAGCUUUAACAGCAUACAGCUCAUCCCUUCUGAUCUCCAUGCACCUGUACUGCGGACUCUUUUUGUUGAUCAGAAUGCCAUCACGUCUAUAGAACAGGCUGCGCUAGAGGGCCUCUCCAGCCUGCAGACUUUAAAAGCAGGUAACAAUCCAUUUGUCUGCGAUUGUGACUCUUUUUGGUUUGUGACAAUGUUGAACAAGGACAUUCUUCCUGACUGGCCAUUAGACUACACAUGCAGUUCUCCACCAUCACUAGCAGGAAAGUACUUAGACUCAUACAACCCGGGAAAACUUUCCUGUUUACCCGGACUACAGGCAGCAGUGGCUCUACCAGUAACUGUUGCUAUUAUAACCGCUUUGGGGAUCAUUUUCUAUGUAUGCGAUGGCGUCUGGUACACCAAAAUGCUCUGGGUAUGGAUAAGAGUGAAACGUCGGAGUGCUAAACAGGCCGGUAAAUUGAUAAACAACAUCUUUCGUUACCAUGCAUUCAUUUCCUACAGCCAGUACGACUGCACCUGGGUCAGCUCUGAACUAGUCCCAACUAUGGAGGGAGCAGGCUUAUCCAUCUGCAUUCACGAGCGGGACUUCGUCCCUGGCCAAUGGAUUGUGGACAAUAUCAUUAGUUCUGUGGAAAGCAGCUAUAAAACAAUCUUUAUCCUGUCAAAGCACUUUGUUCAAAGUGAAUGGUGCAAUUAUGAGCUCUUUUUCGCUCAGCACAGAGCAAUUAGUGUGAACGAUGACUCCCUGGUCUUCAUUCUGUUGGAGCCCAUCCCACCCGACUCGCUGCCUAAGAAGUUCCUGAGGUUAAGAACCUUGCUAAGGCAGAAAACUUAUCUGGAGUGGCCGAAAGAUGAAACCAAGAAAAAGGUGUUUUGGUCUAGUCUCAGGUCCAUCCUGCAGACUGCAGACAAAAGUAUGGUGCUGAAAGAUGUAGCUUUUGAUAUAGCUGACAAUGCUCUAUUAUUGACUGCUCAAAUGUGAGUUUUUUACCUAAAAAUUGGUGUUUUACAUUUAUGUUUACAUUUAUAACAAUGAAAGGAAAUCGCAUUAACAACCCUGAUGUUCUAUUCAUCUUAUACCACAGUAAUUGGAUAAUACAGUAAUUAUUUUUCAUCAAUUAAACAACAAGAAAGUAUUGUUUUAAAAAACAAUUAUUUCCUCAUUAGCAUCAUUUAACUUUUUUCUGAAAACUAAAAUUGAAAGUUUUAUCCUGGCUGUUAUUACUGUACGCACUGAUCUGCUUAACUACUUCCAAAUGUCCUAAUUAGACAUAACCUUAAAGAAAAAUCACCAUGUGAACAAUUACACUAAUUCAUCUGUUCAAGAAGGGUAGCUGCCAUACAAGUCACUACAUUUAAUCUUAGAGAAAUUCUAAUGUAAUGUAUUAGAUAUAGUGCAUUUAUGGGAACUUUGCAGCUGUAACAAUGGUCAGAGCUUUUGUUACAGAAAAUGAAUCAACUUCUUCUUUCCAACUGAAAUUGAAAAUAAAACAGCACUGUGACUGUUAAACCUGUCGAACAGCCUUUUGGAUGAUACAGGAUUCUGGUGGUAUUGUGCUCAUAUGAACAUGUCUUUCAUUCAAGCCAAACUGGGACUUGUGAUGAAAUUGCUUGUGAAUAAAAAAGAAAAACUGAUUGACGUUUACAGAGGGUGCAAACAUUUGAAAGAAGGCCAUAUGGCUGUGAAUGACGAUCCCGGUGGAAAUGGGUUAGAGCCCACUGCAAUCGUUCCAGUGAACAAUCAGUAAGUGGAACACCCAACGACAAUUAAAAAUCAACCAGUAACUUGUCACCAAUUUCUGGAAAAGACACAGCUGUCUGUGAGAACUAAACACACAAUCAUUUCGAACACCACUUGCACAUAAUAGGAAGUUGGCUGGACUUAUUGCCUUAUUCCCUGUACAGUCCAAACCUCGCUCCAAGCCAUUUCUACAUGCUUGAGCUAUGACAAGCAUUCCUGGGAGGCCAGAUCUGGCAUACUGAUUUUUUUUUCCCCUUGAUGGUAUACAAGCACUAGUGAAAAGCUAAGAUAAGUGGAAAAGUGUGGCGGGAGAUUAUAUAGAGAAAUAAAUGGAGUUCUGGUAUAUAUACAGUAUCUAAGUUUUUUUUUCUUCCAAUAGCUGCAGAAUAAUGCUUAUUUAUUGUGUAAAAUUGUAAAAUUGGCGUGUGAGACUUUAGUAUGACUCUGUCUCCACCUACUGUUAAAGUAACAGUAUGAUCUUUUGUUAUUUUAUUUGAUUACAUUUUAUUCUAUUUUAUAGUACAUUAUACGACAUUGAACAUUCGUACAAACUGAGACUUAUUAGUAAUUUUAUUUUUAGGUUGUU